AUGUUUCCCGCCCACAGAGAAUACCUAGUCAAUGUUUCCCUGGAGACCUUGAGAUAUUCCUCAGCAGCGCCUCAGCUGCUACCUCACUACGCCUGUGGGGACAUUCCUUUUGAAGGACAUUUCAUUCCUAAAGGUACCUUUCUUAUCCUGAACGCCUGGUACUUCCACCAUAGAGAGGGCUUGUGGGAAGACCCCUGGGAGUUCAAACCAGAGAGGUUCCUGGACUCAGAUGGUCAACUCCUCGACCCAGAACAUCCCACACGACAGAACUUUUUACCUUUUGGGACUGGGAAAAGAUCUUGUCCUGGUGAAAGUUUCUCGAGGAUUCGUAUCUUUUUCAUCGUGGUCACUUUGCUUCAAAAGUAUCGAUUUCUGCCCCCAGUUGAUGUACCGCUCCCGUCUGCCAACCCAAAGGGCAGGGAAACAAAGACAGUGAUUUGUCCAGACGAGUUCAAGUGCCGAAUGGAGCCCAGACUCACAGCCAAGGCCGAAUCUUGUUCUACCUAG